AAUAACAAUUAGCUUUCUUCAAAUUGAUUUUGGCUUUUCCUUCAUUGAUUUCCCUGUCACGUUCAUCCACCGACCAGUUUUCCAAAAUUGCGAUAAAAAUGGUUGUAGAAAUGGGGAGAACUGCAGGAGUCUUCCGUUAUGGACUCGACGAGUCAACUGUCAAUUUCCCCAUCAUUCGCACCGCACCACACAAAAAUAUCAAUUAGCGUAAAUAUCGUCCUACGUACAGCUCCGAUCAAUAUAUACAUAUACCCCUACCUUCUCUUCCUCCUUGUUUUUCAUCGGCAACAAUGGCGACCAAACCAGACGACCCGAACAGGAAUCAGAAUCCACACGUCCUGGUGUUUCCGUAUCCGGCUCAAGGCCACAUGCUUCCUCUCUUAGACCUGACCCACCAGCUAUGCCUCCACAAUCUGAGAAUCACCAUCCUAGUCACCCCCAAGAACCUUCCUUAUCUCUCCGCUCUUCUCUCCGCCCAUCCCACUGCCAUCACCCCGCUCGUCCUCCCUUUCCCUCCUCAUCCUUCCAUCCCCGCCGGCGUGGAGAACGUCAAGGAUCUCGGAAACGCCGGAAACAUUCCCAUUUUUUCAGCUCUCCGUAACCUCCGUGAUCCCAUCGUCGACUGGUUUCACUCCCACGAGGACCCUCCCGUUGCUAUCAUAUCCGAUUUCUUCCUCGGAUGGACCAUGCACCUGGCCCGCUCCCUCAGCAUUCCCAGGUUUGCCUUCUUCUGCUCCCCUGCGUUCUUGGCCUCCGUUGUUGAUUUCUGCUGGAACAACGUUGACUACGUCAAGGCGUCGGGGGAUCCCAUCCCCUUCCCCGAUCUGCCUCGCUCGCCUGUUUUCAAGGAGGAGCAUUUGCCGUCCCUGUUCCGGCGUUACAUGAAGUUCGUGUCGGAUCCCGAAAUUGCGUCCCUCAAAGAUAGCCUUGUUGCCAACACGCUGAGCGACGGAUGUAUCAUAAAUUCCUUAGAGAGUUUGGAAGGAGAGUAUUUCGGUUACAUAAAAAAGAAGAUGGGUAGUAACCAGGUUUUCGGGGUUGGCCCGCUGAGUUUGACAGGUUUGGAUCCUUCGGGUCGGGGCAGUUCAGGUCCGGAAACAGAUUCGGAUGCCAAUAUUUUGCGUUUUCUUGACGAAUGCCCCGACGGAUCAGUGGUUUACGUUUGUUUCGGAAGCCAGAAGCUAUUAACCAGAGAGCAAAUGGAGGCUUUGGCUUCUGGCCUUGAGAAGAGCAUGACCCGUUUCGUUUGGGUUGUCAAAGCGGGCACAACCCAACAGUUGCAGGACGGGUACGGACUGGUACCCGAGGGGUUUGAGGAACGAGUGGCAGGUAGAGGAUUAGUGGUGAAGGGUUGGGCUCCACAGGUGGUGGUACUGAGUCACAAAGCGGUGGGUGGGUUUCUGAGUCACUGCGGGUGGAACUCAGUGUUGGAAGGGAUAGUGGGUGGGGCGAUGAUACUGGCGUGGCCGAUGGAAGCUGACCAGUUUGUGAAUGAAAAGCACUUGGUGGAGCACUUAGGCAUGGCGGUCAAGGUGUGUGAGGGGGCGAACUCGGUGCCUGACUCGGACGUGUUGGGUCGUAAAAUUGCUGAGUCAAUGGGCGAUGAAGGAGGAGUGAAGGUGAGAGCGAGGAAAAUGACAGAGAAGGCGUUGGCCGCCGUGAGGAAUGGUGGUAGCUCCUAUAUUGACCUGGAGAGGCUUACUAGAGAGUUGACCCACCUUCAGACUACCAAAUAAUAAUUACUUAUUUUAAAUUUCAAUCUUUUGAUUGCAAUCAGGACUUGUUCAUGUUAGGGUAUAAACAUACGUAUUUGCAGAAAUGCAAAUUUCAACAUUAUAUUUGCAAUUGUAACUUAAUUCACGAAAGAUCGGAUUGUUACAGUACAACAUACAUAUCGUGAGAAUAAUAAAGGUGCUGAUUAUUUAACGAACCUAA